AAUGGAACGUACACAGGUGUACUGGCUGAAGUGGUUUACGGCCGAGCAGACGUGUCUUUCAACAGCCGUUUUCUGAACGAUCCGAUGAUCCAGAAGCCAUAUCAGUAUACCCUCACCAACGGCUUGGAUUACAUAUGUUUUAUUGUGCCAAAAGCCGAAACGUUGACUAGAUUGCAGAUUCUGUGGAUGACUUUCAGCGUUGAAGUCUGGCUGUGUGUGGCUGUUACGUAUGCGUUGAUGACCAAGUCUUUUCAGCUUUUUAAUAAAUUAAAUUUGUCCGGCGGACGGAAAAUAUCUGAUCCAUUUAUGACUAGCCUUCAGGUCGUUUUGGGUAUGGGUGUUUGUAGCUUACCAAAACAUGUGGCCGGGCGUAUAUUGUUUGUAUCAUGUUCAGUAGCUUGUUUUGUUAUCGUUACUUUAUUUCAAGCAUCUAUGGUGACCAAAUUAAGCACAGAAACCAGUCAAAAAGAGAUUGACACACUAGAGGAACUUGAUAAGAGUGGAAUGGAAAUCCGAACUUCAUUACAUUACGUUCGGGAUGCUUUGGCCAUAUAUUCCCAUACAAAAUCCCUUGCAAAUAAAAUAGAUCUUAAAAAAGAUAGACAAGGUUAUAUGGCUUCAAAAUUUGUUUUUAUAGCAAGAAUUAUGAAUUUGAGUCUCUCGAAGUAUACAAAUUUCAUUGGACAUUUUCAACAACAAGGUGUUGCAUUGCAUAUAGUUCGGGAAUGUCCACUAAAACAUCAUCUAACUUAUGCAAUUUCAAUAGACUUUCCAUUUUUGGACGAGCUAAAUGAUCUUCUUACACGUUUUCAAGAAGCUGGAAUUACUGACAAAUGGAAAACAGAUAUUCAAAAGUUAGAAUUAGUAUAUUAUGAGCCACUAAAUUCUAAUUCAUCAAAAGGUUUAAAAGCAUAUUCAUUGAAUGAUUUAUGGUUUGCUUUUGUGUUUUUAUUCGUUGGCCAUAUCAUUUCAUUGAUUGCACUGAUGUUAGAAUUUGUUUUCAAAAGAAUUGAAAAAUGAAAUCACGUAGAUAUUUUGUUAUCAACACAUUCGAUUAAGUACAUUAAUGGCACAUAAUUUUUUUUAAUCAAUUUAAAUUUGAUAUAAAAUAAUAUAUUAU